UGUUGGUUGAUAAUGAUAGUUGUUUUGGUAGUUAAAUAUAUGUUUUAUAAAUUAUAGUAAACGUUCGUGAAUGUAUUUAAUAAUUAUACAUACAAUUUAUAAAAGUGGGAAAUUAAAAUGGGAAAUUUUUUAGGUGUGUAGGAUAAUAAAGUACCUGAUGGCACUGACGAAGAAUUUGAAUAAUUAACUAUAAGCAUAAUAUAAAGUUUAAGAUCCUUAGCGAAACAGUAUACCAUACUUAGUGUAACUGUAAGGCAAUACUUUUAUAUUUAACCUCACUAGAGUUUAAAAAUUGAAUAUUAAUCAUUAUAACUUAAGUAAGGGUGAGUGGUAGGGUAAGAUUUUUUAGGAUAUGAGAAAAUAUAACAUGAUUUUCAAGAAAGCUAAAUCGGUUCUGAGCGGAGUUAGAUAUAUUUUUAACAAUAGAAUUUUUGAAAGGUCUCUAUUAACUGGUAACCGUUUAGUUGAUAUAUCAUUGCAUUUACAAUCAUGUGCUUGGAAUGCUACUGGUAGUAUAAAAAUUCCCUAUCAUGUGUGUACCAGUACCAGGUCUACUUUUAAUAACUAUUUACGAAUCAAUGACCUUAAGGGAAAUCGGAGUUUUUCAAAAAUACAAAGUAAUCAAGUGUGGAGAGCAGACUUACCAGUAGCUGAUAGCAAUUACAGGUGUUCAUUUUUUUGUAAUCAAGCAAACAAAUCCUCAAGCAACACGUCUUCAGGUAAUAUAAAAAAUAAUCCUGGAUACAAGUUUAGUGAAUUGGUAAAAAAGAGAAUGUUGAAAACCUAUUAUUGAAUGCUGCAACAUUGUCAGAUACUGAUAAUAGGGAUGAGUGGAGUUCACCUGUUUACCCUGUAAAGGCUGAUCCCCGAAGAGACCAGGCUUCUCAUUCUAUACGUCCAACAGUAGAUCCAAAGGAAACCAGUAUUAUUUUAUUUCCUGGGCAGGGUUCACAGUUUGUUGGUAUGGGACAUAACCUUCUAAAGUUUCCCAACGUGCAAGAAAUGUUCAAGCUUGCUAGUGAAAUACUUGGCUAUGACCUACUGAAAUUGUGUUUGGAGGGUCCAAAAUCUGAACUUGACAAAACUCGUCACUCUCAAGCAGCUGUUCUUGUAACAUCUUUAGCAGCAGUGGAAAAACUAAAAGAUGAAAGGCCUUUGGCUGUAGAAAAUUGUGUGGCAACAGCAGGAUUUAGUGUUGGUGAAUUUACAGCACUGACUUUUGCUGGAGCACUUUCAUUUGAAGAAGCUGUUCGAUUAGUCAAGAUUCGAGGAGAAGCUAUGCAGGCAGCAUCUGAACUAACUCCUAGUGGAAUGAUGACAGUGUUUUACAGACCAGAUGCAAAGAUCAACUUUGCAUGUCAUGCAGCCGAAGAAUGGUGCAUAAGAAAAGGUCUUCAAGAUCCUGUUUGUAAAGUGGCUAAUUUUCUAUUUCCUCACUGUAAAGUCAUUGCUGGUAAUGAGGAGGCUUUGAAAUUUAUUGAAAUGAAUGCUGAGGAUUUUGGAAUACGUAGGAUAAAACAUCUUGCUGUAAGUGGUGCUUUUCACACCAACUUGAUGAAACCAGCUCAGCUUGUGUUAAAAGAAGCUCUAAAGCAGUGUAAAAUUAACCCACCUCUCAUUUCUGUUCACUCUAAUGUUGAUGGAAAGCAUUAUCGAAAUGCGGAUAUUAUUUGUAAGAACUUAUCAAAACAGCUUUGCUCUCCAGUAAAAUGGGAACAGAUCAUGCAUAUCAUAUACGAGCGUCCUUCAACAACAUCAUUUCCUCGUACAUUUGAGUGUGGUCCUGGACAGUCCUUAAGAACAAUAUUAAAAAUGGUAAAUGCUAAAGCAUGGGAUACUUCUUUUCUUGUUGGAGUCUAAGAUUUUUUUAUCUGCAUCAUUAUAGUUUGACAAAGUAAAACAAAAUGUACAAAAUAAAUGUUUGGCUUAU